UAUUCUCUCUGUUUUCGUCCUUCUUCUCCUUCUUUCUCUCUCUCUAUACAUUCUAUCAAACACCUUACAGGCGAUAUUGUAGAGAGGGAGUAAACAAUUAUGGGUUGUGGGAAAUCGAAACAUCAAGAUGUCGCCAUUGGAAAUGCGAUUUCCAAAAGCAAGAGUGCCAAAUCGGCAGUUAUUUCCAAUAAUAAUAAUAUUAAGAAGAAUGUUGAUUUAACGACGGGAAACGCUGCCGGAAAGUCUCCGGUCGAGGCUGUUGUUCCCAACAGCCCAACGGAUCAGUCUCCUGUUAAACCGGUGGCGGUUUCCGGCCGUAUAAUGGAGAAGUCUCCUUUCCAAGGUAUCAUUUCCGACGACAUCCCAACUCAAAAAACAUCUCCGGUCGUGGAGGUUCUUGUUCCAAAUGCCAAGCCUGAAGAAUCUCUAGUGGAGGCUGUAGAGUCUCCGGUGGUGGUGGAGGAGACUGUUGUUGUUUCAGAUACCAAACCAGAGGAGUCUUCUCCGGUGGUGGUUGAGGAGGCUGUUGUUGUUUCAGAUACCAAACCAGAGGAGUCUCCUGUGGUGGUUGAUGAGGCAGUUGUUGUUUCAGAUACCCAACUGGAGGAAUCUUCUCCAGUGGUGGUGGAGGAGGCAGUGGUUUCAGAUACCCAACCGGAGGAAUCUUCUCCGGUGGUGGUGGAGGAGGCUGUGGUUUCAGAUACCACACCGGAGGAAUCUUCUCCGGUGGUGGUGGAGGAGGCUGUGGUUUCAGAUACCCAACCGGAGGAAUCUUCUCCGGUGGUGGUGGAGGAGACCGCGGUUUCAGAAACCAAAUCAGAGGAUGUAAAUGAGAAUUCUUCAGUGGUUUCAGACACCACAAAUGAAACACCAGUGGUUAUCACCGGUGAGGAUGAAAUCUUGGAGAAGAUAGUGGAGGAGGAGGAGACUCUUUCCGAUAAUACACAAACCAAAAAAGAUAAUGAAGAAGAAGAAGUAGAAGGAGAGAAUAUUAAUAUUGUGAAAACUGAUGAGAAUGAAUUAACAGUAGCUGCAACAGAAGAAGAGAUGCCAAUGAAUAUAUCAUCAGAAGAUGAUGCAAAUCACAAAUUAGUUGAGAAGAAGGAAACUAAGGAAGAAGAAACAAAUUAAAAGUGAAGUUUACAAGGCAAUGAAGACAACCACAACUUACAAGGUCCUUCUCAUGCAUGCAUAUGGAGCAAUAUAUAAUAUUUGUGUUAUUUAGGUUGUAAUAUUCAUUCAUUUCUUUUUGUGCCAGCUAAACAAAAUGAAUAAAUAAAUAAAUA